AUGUACCCCUUCGAUACUCCCUUUGACUUCCUCGGCAAUCGAAUAGUUCCGAUUCGUGGGACACCUAACUGCUCUCCAGCAAAUUAUCAUCCGCUGCAGAAGAAUAUUGCUUAUGAGUCCAAGCAUUUUCAUUGCUCCACAAAAGGAUAUUCUUGUCGUGCGCGAACAGAGAGCAGAUUCAGGCCCCCAUUUCAUACGAAAACUCCCCGCGUUACGAAGUAUUUUCCAAAGCAAAAAGAACUUUCUUAUCAAGCAAGUAACUUGAUUUGUUCGAAGAAAGGAUACUCAUGUGGUGCUCGUACAGAAGAACGAUUCCGUCUCCCGUUUCAUACAGUUACCCCAGCUGCUAAAUACCAGCCAAUCAUAUCUGAACCAAGGAAGUUCAAGCCUGCGAAGAAACCCUUCAAUUCAAGUGAACCUCGCCAGAUGAGAUUCCGAAACAACAUAACUUUCCCUUACUACGCUGAUGAAGACAUUUACUCUGAUGACGAAACUCCUGAUAUUGGUGCGCUUUCCUGCACGCCUGGAGUUGGACGAUACGACCACGAUGUUGAAAGAGACCGACAAGUUGCUAAGAAAUGGAAACGAGCCUUUAUGAAGCCUGAGCUGCCGUCGAAGUCUUACAUGAAAUCAAUCAGAAACAUCGAAAUGGUGGAGGAUAGAGUUAUGCGAAAGUAUCAGAAGCAUUUGAACUACAUGAAACUUUUCUACUGA